AUGUGGAGGACAAAAGCCUUGGAAGGCCAGUGUGAAGGACGCUAUGAGGGGAAAGAAGAAGAAAAACGAGUAGAGGGAAGGAGGAAGAAACAGGAGAAAAAGAAAAAUGAAAAGAAGAGCAGAUGGAGGAAGAAGUUAAGGAUGUAUGAUGGGGAGAAAAAGAGGAGGGAGAGGUGGGAGAAUGCGGAAAGAGAAAGGAAAGGAACAGGUACAGAGGAGGGUGAAGAAAGAGAAGAGAACAAUAAAAAGCAGGGGGAGAGAGAAAGAGCAGGAUGGGCAGUAAAGAAUAGAGGAGAAAAAGGUGGAACGGGAAGAAAGAAGGAAGACCAAGAGGGAGGAAGCAGGAGAAGCAGGAUAAGAAAACGGAUAAAAGGGGGCCAUGAGAAAAAAGAAAAAUAA